AUGGACCACUUGGUGGCCUGCUCGAUUUAUUUUUCGCCUCUGCUUCUAUUACCUUUACCUUGGCAAUCAAAGGGGGCGCUUAAUGGGACACACAUCUCCGUUUGCCUUACUGAGGCUGAGCUCGGUCUCCUUCUGCCCCCAAAGAAAGCCUUAAUUUAUGAGCUUGCUAACAUGAGUAUGGAGUCUCUUGUACUUGCCCCUCCUGAAAAACUUUAUUUUCAGUUGCCGAAUGGAUGUGCCAUUAAGUUGCUACAUACAUUUGUCUUUAUUUGUUUCACCGUUUGUCUCUUGGCCGGCAACUGCUUACUCCCAACAGGGUUGAUGUCUUGGCUCCGAGUCGCGUGGAAAGGCUGUCUAGACUCCAGGGCUAUCGAAACUAUUGUUUAUUCCUUAACAGCUCAUCCAAAAGGGAAACUCCUGGCCUCGGCAUCUGUAGCUACCAAGCAGAACUUUGCCAGCAUCAUCCUCUGGAGGUUGGAACUAGAUGACGUAAUUCUUCACCAGCAGGGCGAUCUGGGACACCUCUACCGCAUAGUCUAUCUAAGCAUUGAAUUUCCAACUAGUGAAAUUGGCAAAGUGUUUGUAGUGUUUUUCCAACGAUUCACCGCUAUGCACUCAUUCCCGAAUGAGUCUGACUUCUGA